AUGGCGCCGAGAAGACCAAAUAAGGUGGUUUCAGUGACGAAGAAGAAGAAAGUAGUGGAAGAAACAAUCAAAGUUACUGUGACGGACGGAGAUACGAAUGUUACCACCGAGACGGAGACACAAGAUCAAGAGACACAGGAUCUCACGUUUUCCAUUCCCGUUGAAGAAAACGUUACCACGGUUGAGAUUCCCGUGGAUGUUCGAGAAGAUCGAUCGCCUGAGCCACCGGAAACUCCUCUUCCUGCAAGUGAAGUAACGGUGAAGGAGACCCAUCAGGUUGAGAAGAAGCAGGGGAAGAAGAAGAAGACGAAGAGGAGGAAGAAGUCGGAUUCCGCGGGAGAUGAGUAUAGGAGAUAUGUGUAUAAGGUCUUGAAGCAAGUGCAUCCGGAGUUAGGGAUAACAUCCAAGGCGAUGACGGUGAUUAACAUGUUCAUGGGAGAUAUGUUUGAAAGAAUAGCGAAGGAGGCGGCGAAGUUAAACGAUUACACAAAGCGGAGGACGUUGUCCUCUAGGGAGAUCGAAGCAGCGGUAAGACUAGUUUUGCCUGGAGAGCUUAGCCGCCACGCCGUGGCUGAAGGCUCUAAAGCUAUUAGUAACUAUUUCGCUUAUGAUGCCAGAAAACGUUAA